AUGUCGAUAUCAGAAAUCUCUCAUCGAUUCCGAACCUUGUCGACAUCAGAAGAGAAGAAGAUCGUGUUGAAAACCUCCGAUGGUGAUACAUUCGAAGUCGAUGAAUCCGUCGCGCUCCAAUCGCAGACCAUAGCUCACUUGAUCGAAGACGACUGCGCUAAAAACGAAGUUCCGUUACCGAACGUAACGAGCCAGAUUCUCGUGAAAGUGCUCGAGUAUUGCCAGAGACACGUCGGUGAUGGUGGUGUUUUAACGGAGGAGGAGAUAGCAGAUCUGAAGAAGUGGGAUGCUGAGUUUGUGAAUACCGAUCAAUCGACGAUUUUCGAGAUGAUCCUUGCUUCGAAUUACUUGAAUGUUAAAAGUUUGCUUGAUCUUCUUUGUCAAACGAUUGCUGAUCAGAUUGCAGCUUGUGGUAGUGCAGAGGAGAUUCGUGAGAAGUUUCAGAUUGAGAAUGAUUUUACUCCUGAGGAAGAAGAAGCGGUUCGUAGAGAGAAUCAAUGGUCUUUUGAAUGA